AUGUCUGAAAAAAUAAAAAAACUUUCGUUUGAAGAAGAAGAAAAGUUAGCAUUCAGGGUGGAAGAUUAUCCCUGUCUUUUUGACAAAACGGAUAGGGGGUACAAAGAAAAAGACUGUGUAAAAAAUGCGUGGGAAGAAGUGGCUAAUUCUCUCGAAUUCCUUGAAAAUGGGAAUGCUGCCAAGACCUCCUUUGAGAAGCUUCGAAAAAGGUAUAAUAAAAAGAAGAAUGAUUUUAAGAAGUCAAAAAAAUCUGGCACAUCCACCAAAGAGAGUGAAAAAGCUGAAAAGGCUUUGGAGUUGUACAAAUAUCUUUCCUGGCUAGAUAACUUCAUAUACGUCCGUGAGGGUAGAAGCAACAUUUAUACGGAUUAUAGUUCUGAUGAAGAGGGAGAUGAAGACACGGAGUUGCCCGUUGAUCUCACCGAAAAUGAGGACGAUAACGACGAUGGGGCAUCUGAAACCUUCAAAAAUUGA